AUGCACCACACAAUGGCGACUUAUGCCGUAGGGCUUAUGGUCCUGGCUGGGACCGCUUUGGCAGCCACUCCAGAAUGCCCUAAUUCGAAUGGAGAAACAUACACCGGUCCCAACGGCAAUGUGUUCACGAUCGAAUGUGGCAUCGACUACGAGGGCGGGAACCUGGGUAGCCCUGUCACGGUGCAGAAUCUCGGGCAGUGUGUUGAUGCCUGCGAUGCGAACGGCAGAUGCGUGGACGUGUCGCUCUCUGGAGUAGCUUGCUACCUCAAGGGAACGCUGGGCCAGCGACUCCGCGCUCCAGGUGUUGUCGGUGCCCUCAAGACCACUCCAGUAACUAACCCGCUUCCCCUCUGUCCUGGCUCGAACGGCGAAUCAUUCGUCUCUACAUCUGGUCACAACUUCACCAUCGAGUGCGACACCGACCAUGCGGGUGGAGAUCUCAAGAUGGCCGUUGUCGAUGGCUUGGAAGCUUGCAUUAAUGCUUGUGGAGAUGAGCCCAGAUGCGUUGACGUGUCGCUAUCCGGCGAAGCAUGCUACCUGAAGAGUCAACUCGGCCAGGAUCUGGUGCGUCAGGGUGUCAACGGAGCUAUCAAAGGCCUGCUCGUGGCGGAGCCAGUGACCACAAGGACAACGACUACGACCAGCACGGCGUCCUCCUCGAGCAGUAGCUCGUCAUCCGUUCCUGUAAGCCGGAUUAUCAUUCCAUGCCCCGGCGACGGCACACAGUUCGUUGCCAAUUCGUACGCCCGUUUCGCGGUAUACGAAGGCUAUGAGGCUACUGGAGCAAGCACUGGAAGCCGCAACAAGGUGGCGAGUAUCAACGAGUGCGUACAGCUGUGCGACAGGAAUGGCUGUGCCGGUGUUUCGUUCUCCGAAGGCGUCUGUACGUUCAAGCAGGCAGCGAACGGCUGCUAUCGCAGCUCAGGCGCGUUUGGUGCACGACUUGUCACCCCCCGUCCGCAAUGUCCAUCAGAACCCGGCACUACAUACACUGCCUUGGAUGGCCAAGAAUUUCAGCUCGCUUGCGACCAGGACUACAUUGGACAAGACAUUUUUGCCUUCGACACCGAUAUGCCUAGUGGUAAUGGAGGCUCCCUUGGCGAGUGUCUCGAGAGAUGCUCCACUUACGAUGGAUGCUAUGCCGCCACUCUGCAAGGUGGCGGCUGUUACCUCAAAGGCUACCCGGUCCCUGCCUCGAGAGCAGCUAAGGGCCUGCUAUCGGGACUUCUCCUCAAUGCUACAGCUCCCGUCCCUGGCCCUUCUACAGACCCAGAGGACCAGCCCACGUCCGACGUCAUUGCUCCUCUGGAGGUCGCAGGCUUUGAAUUCUUGGCUUGCUAUCAAGACGAUCAGGCGAAUCGAAUCCUUGCUGGAGCCACGGAGUAUGACGUUCCAGGUGGCCCGUUGAGCGUCACUGCAGAGAGCUGUGCCGACUUCUGUGAUGACUACACUUACUUUGGUCUUGAGUUCGGUGGACAAUGCUUCUGUGGAGACGACUUCGAAUACGACCCAGUGGCAGCAACAGGGCAGUGCAAUCACGUCUGUGCUGCAAACUCUAGUCAAACCUGCGGUGGCAGUGCUGCUCUCCAAGUGUACCGAAUCGCAGACUACUUGGACCCAGAGCCAAGCGAGGAGGCUACAACUGCUAGAUCAUCACCGGCAACCUCAUUUGAGUCCACGGUCUCCCCGACUUCCACAGAGGCGGACAGCACUUCAGUGACAAGCAUCUCGAGCAUUCCAAGCUCAUACGAGUCCACUAGCUCCUCAAUUGCUACGGAGGCAGACACUACUUCAUUAACGAGUAUCUCGAGCAUCCCAAGCUCUUUGUCGAACGUCGCCUCACUCCCAUCGGCCACAUUCACCACUAUCACCGACUACAUUACUUCUACGAACGGAACGCUCACCCGCUAUGGUGCGACUCCAUCGCCUCCAUCGAGUGUCACGGCUAGUGCGCAGGAUACUGCAUCGACUAGUGCCGACACGACUUCCUCGACCUCACUUCCAAUCUCCAGCGCUAGCUCUGACUCUUCAACUCUGCCCGCCAACAGAACAGCCGAAGCGCAGGAAACCACCUCGUCCAGUGCCAGUAUCGCACCUCUACCUAGGCUCACCAGUACUGCCCCAAGCGCUGGCUUUCCGAUCCCGUCGAAUGCUUCAGUAAUCUCCAACUCCACGAGCUCCAGAAUCAGCGCCGGUCUUCCACUCCCAACAGGAAACUCAACCUCGACGUCGGCGGGCUGGAACUCAUCAGUAACGAGCGUCCCUCCCGUUCAACUUCCAAGCCCCAUCGGCGAGCCAGACUUUCCCACAGCUAACGUCACUCUCCUUGUAACCCCGGUGCCGGCAUCGACUCCGCUUGAAGGCCCAGCGCCAAUGGACAGCGACGAUUUGACUGCAAGAUCAUUCCCAGCCAAUUUCCUUCGCCGAGCACCAAGGCACUCCUGGCGCAAGAGGUUCCAAUCCCUUGCUUUCUGGCGCGCAUAG